CGCCCCACGCCGGAGCUGUUUUAAUUUGCCGGGAGGACCAAGUGAGUGAGUGUGUGUUCAUGUGUCUGCGUGUGUUUAAACAUUAGGGUUGGUUUUCUGUUUUUUUAUGAGUGGAGAUGAACCGGCAGCCUAGCCUCGUUGCCGUAUAUAAGCCGGAUUCUCUCGGUCCUCGGCCUUGUAGCCUUCUUCUCCACCUGGAUCCUCUGCGUAUUGUCUUCCGCCAGCCAGUCCCACGCUGCUGAGUCUCCUUCCAGGUUCAUCCCAGGCCCAGCCCUGCGUGCUUCCAAAAUGCUCAGAAAACACAGCGCUCGACGCUAGGUUCUCAAGGACGGUAAGAAACACCACCUUGGUCUUCUUCAACCAACCAACCAACCAACCAACCAACCACCACCUUCCAGAGCCCGCAGUUCCCAUCUUCCUAGAGCCCCGGUGAGCUGGAGAUUUCAGACCCGGUUCGCCCAACGGAUGGGAAGAUGAUGGCCUAGGGCCAGGGGUCUUGCACCAUGAACGUCCAGCUGAGCUUGGAGAACGGCGGGGACAUGUCCAUCCAGGAGCAGGAGCUGAUGCACAGCGACAGCCGGGCCCUGCACUCAGCCCUGCAGAGGCCAUCGCUGGUGGCCUCCGUCCUGGAGGGCAGCGAGUACCACCGGGCGGAGCACGCCCUGGCCACCACCUUGCACCCGGGGCUGGGCUUUGGCGGGGAGUCGCCCUCCGCUGGGGCGGGGAACAGCUACACCACCCUGACGCCCUUGCAGCCCCUGCAUGAGAAGUUCCACCAUCACCACCACCACCACCAGUGCCUCCCCAUGGGGAACGUCAUCGGCAGCUUCACCCUCAUGCGGGAGGACCGGGGCCUGGGCGCCGGGGGGAACUUCUACAGCCCCUAUCCCAAGGACAUCGGCAUGGGGCAGAGCCUGUCCUCCCUGCCCAGCCCGCAGCUGGGCCCCAUGCACAACUAUGCAGGCCACUCCUCCGCCCCCCUGGGCAACGAGAAGAUGGUGUUGGGCAACGGCUUCGAGGCCCACUCGGCCGCCAUGUUUGGCAGGAUGGAGCAGCACUUCUCCCGGGAGAUGUCCCCCUCGCAGAACUCCACCAUGGCCUCUCCCAGCGCCAUGGGCCAAACCCCCUACGGACACCCCCGGGCGGAGAUGAACGCCCGGCCCAACCCGCCCAUCGCCACCCAGACCACCGUCCUCUCCAGCCAGCUGGAGGAGAUCAACACCAAGGAGGUGGCUCAGAGGAUCAUCGCGGAGCUCAAGCGCUACAGCAUCCCCCAAGCCAUCUUCGCCGAGAGGGUCCUCUGCCGGUCGCAGGGCACCCUCUCGGACCUCCUGAGGAACCCCAAGCCCUGGAGCAAGCUCAAGUCCGGGAGGGAGACCUUCAAGAGGAUGUGGAGGUGGCUGCAGGAGCCAGAGUUCCAGAGGAUGGCAGCUUUAAGGUUAGAAGCCUGCAAAAGGAAAGAGCAAGAUCAAGGCAAAGCCGACCGAAACCACGUCCCUAAGCGCCACCGCCUGGUCUUCACGGACAUCCAGCGCCGCACGCUCCACGCCAUCUUCCACGAGAACCAGCGCCCUUCCAAAGACCUUCAGAUCACCAUCGCCCAGCAGCUGGGCCUGGAGCUCUCCACUGUCAGCAACUUCUUCAUGAACGCCCGGAGGCGCAGCCUGGACAAGUGGAUGGAGGAGGGCCGCUCCCCGUCCUCGGGGGGCCACACCACCAACCCCUCCUCGGCCGUCACCUGCACCAAAGCGUAACGGGCCUCCCUUUGGCACCUUCCGGCGUCCCCCAACCACGACCCUCCAUUACACCAAAGAUGGCAGGAUGCCCUUUGGCCAGGAGACAAAAUGGCGGAAGGGCGCUUGGCCAAUGCGCUAAGUGGGAGGGGAAAAACCAGGAUGGGGGCGGUGUGGGGGGUUGUAAUACGACUUUACGGUUUCAUUCCUCUCUGGAUCUGACCUCACGGCAGAAACUAGCCGGAUCCUAAACGAGAGCAAACCUUUUUGCGACCUAAAAGGAGGGUUAUGGAAAAACCGGACGGCGGAGAGCGAGGAAGGUGUUUCCCAGGCAAAGGACGGCGUCUACGGUCAAGGCUAUUCCAAAGACUUUCUGCGUAUGUUUCCGCGCUGAGACCUUGUUCUGUGUUGUUCCUAUUGAGGAGGCAGUGCCAUCUGGUGGCGAGAAGGGGAAAAGAAGCGUGUUUGGCGGUGGGGUCUAUGGGGGAGAAACUAGGUUAUUUUCCAUUUUUCUCUUUCAGUGGGAAAGCGGCAAGGCUUAAAAAGAUGGGAGCAUCCUUGGUUGCCAACACCCUGGGAAAGCAAGCCAGGAAACUGAUCUAAUAUGUUGCACAUCUGGAGGAGGAGUAGAAAUACCACGUACCAAAUCCCAGGAUAACCAGGAGGGGUUGAAUUGAAAGCCUCCUUCUCAAUGCAAAGGGAGAGAACCAAUGUUUUCGGUCGAGGGCCACAUUGCCUCUGGGGUGAUCUCUCGGGGGCCGCGUGCUUGCGGUGGGUGGGGCUGCUGCCACGAGUGGGUGGAGCCAGCACCCAAAAUGGGCAGGGCACUUCAAGGCACAGAAAAUGAGGUGCCCCCCCCCCCAGUUUUGUCAGGCUGGUGAUAAAGGCCAUCCAUUGACCAGGGAAAACUUAGGGUUGCCAUAUAUAAUAAUAAUAAUAAAUAAUAAUUUAUUAUUUAUACCCCACCCACCUGGCUGGGUUUCCCCAGCCACUCUGGGCAGCUUCCAACAAAACACUAAAAUACAUUAACCUAUUAAACAUUAAAAGCUUCCCAAAACAGGGCUGCCUGCAGAUGUCUUCUAAAAGUUUGGUAGUUAUUUUUCUCUUUGGCAUCUGGUGGGAGGGUGUUCCACAGGGUGGGCGCCACUACCGAGAAGGCCCUCUGCCUGGUUCCCUGUAACUUGGCUUCUCGCAGCGAGGGAACUGCCAGAAGGCCCUCGGCGCUGGACCUCAGUGUCCAGAAUUUCCUGGACAUAGCCAGAAACAAUGUCCGGAUGGAAAUUGCUGUAAUGUCCUCUAUUUUGAGAUUUUGCAAAUCUCAAAAAACCAAAAACCCUCAGCAACUUUUGUGUCUGGGUUUUCACUUUUUGAAAUACGGCAACCCUACCCUGCCCACACCUGUGCCUUUGAAGAGCAGCUCAAUCUGCCAGCAAAAUACGUCAAGGUGUGGAAAUUAGCAUAGCUGCUACUAAUGUGGGCAAACUGGGGCAGGAGGGGGUGAUAAAAAUGGAGAGCCAUACCAAUGAUCCACUUUGAUACAGGCCCUGCUGACGCUUUUCUGAUUCAAAGUGAAAUAUACUCGGAGUCGAGUGUGGAUUUCAUGCUCUUUAUUCAGCUCAUAGUGGUGAGGAGGAAUGAAAGUUCCCCCAAAGUAUCUGCUUUAUAUACAUUAUUUACACAAUGGGCUGCACGUGAUUGGCUAAUUCCAGAAUUCUCCUGUAGGCCAAUCAGGUUGUGAAUUCACUUCCAUCUGGAGCUGGAUUGGGUGGCUCCUGCAGACCAAUCAUAC